CUGUUUUCUAGUAGUGGUAUUUUCUGACAACAUGAGUUGAAGUUAUGACGUGUUACUCAGAAAACUCAUUAUGCUGUUUUCAUUUUUUCUUUCGCCUUCACUUUUACGUUGCUCCUCUCUCUCCUCCAUUGAAGCAUUUUCCGAGCUCUCCAUUGAAGCAGCUUCUAAGUUUUUUCUCUUCCAAUGAAACGGAAUCUGAGCUUUCUCCCCUCCAAUGCAGCAGCUUCUAAGUUUUUGUUUGGACGGAAUUAUAGAUAUGGACCUUUUCUUCCUGGGCCGAGGGCGGCUGCCCCUCCUGCCCUGGCUCAGGGACGGGCCUGGUAUAGUGUAGAUGAUGACAAUUCUAAGAGAAAUGAUGAAGUGUUGGAAGAUAGAGAUCCAAGCUACGAAGCAAUGCUCAAUAAAAUGGUUGGAAAAAUCAGUUCUAAGCCCGGUGGAAAGCUUGAAAUGGGCGAGGCUAAUGUGGUACAGAAGCCUAAAAGGCCCUUGCCAAAAGUUAGAAAUACGACUCCUGAGACUGGACGUUAUGAGGAAAGGCCUGUUGCUGCAGGGACAUUAAAUGUAGCUCAGUUUCGCCAUAUAAUGCGUCUUCAUCAAGGCAAGGCUGAUGAGCAUGAUGGGCCUCUAGGUCUAAAAGAGGUUGCUGAGAGAUUUCAGGUGGAUGCUGUACAGCUUGAAAAGAUAUUACAGUAUGUAUCCCUGCCACCUGAGGAUAAUACUAACAGGAAAAAACAUGAGCUUGAAGACUGAUUUCCCUUUCCUAGCUAGUGGUAAUAGUAGUUCAGAAUGACUGAUUGCUUUUUGAUACAAUCAGUUCAAAAGUGUAUUUGCGAAAUAUAUAUCCAUAUGAAUGAUGAAUCAGAAUAGUGAUGAUAAAUUGACUUAAUAGCACUACAAGGUACUGAACUUCGGUGAGAGUAGCAAUUAAGAAAUUGAAGUUUUAUUUGUUACAAAUAAGGUAUUGAGCCGAUGACUGGAGGUAAUCUAUCCGACACGCUUUAAAUGGUAA